AUGAAGGAACCGUGUUUCCGUUGUAAGCGUCCCACUUAUUUCAACGACAAGAUUGGUCCUCUAAAAGAUGGGGUUCUCUUCCACAAGGCAAGAUUUGGUUGUUUCAAAUGCUGGAUCUGUGGGACAAGAUUAUCACUGAAAACCUAUCAUAACAAUCGGAAUGAUACUCAGGAUCUCGAGGUGUACUGUGCAGGUCAUGUGCCAACACCAGGUCCACAUGACCCUAUUCCACAUCGUUCGAAUCUUUUAUGGAGUCCCAAAACGAAAGGCGAAUAUCCACAUAACCUGAUGAGACCCACAGCACCGUGA